CGGAGCACAGACGACCAGGGAGGGGGCGUGUGCGGCCGCCGCUUCUGCGCCUGCGCAGUGUCCGGCCCGGCCGGAGGGCGCCGGCCGGAGUCAACGUCGCGCACUCCGGAGACGCCGGCCUGGGUCGCUCCUCACGUCUGCGCGACCUCGCGUCGCGUCCUCCUCAACAGGGCUGUGGGGAGACAUACAGGAACUAAAUUCUCGGUCUAGAGGAAGGAUGGACAGUUACUUUAAAGCAGCUGUCAGUGACUUGGACAAACUCCUUGACGACUUUGAACAGAACCCAGAGGAACAAGAUUAUCUCCAAGGUGUUCAGAAUGCGUAUGAUUCUCACAGCUGUUCAGUUUCUUCAGAGUUGGCACCUUCACAGCCAGCUCCCCUGCUGCCGAAAGACCAGCAGUGUGCUCAUGGUUACGCCUCCUUAGAAACACGCCGUGAGGCAGAUGAGAUUUCCCUCAGCGAAGGAGCACUCAAGGGACUCACUUCUCUGCCAAAUGAGAAAAACGUAACAGGACUAGAUCUGCUUUCUUCCGUGGAUGCUGGUACUUCAGAUGACAUCCAGCCCUCAUACAUGCGAUGUAGUGAGCCUGUCUGUGACUUAAUAAGUGACAUGGGUAACUUGGUUCAUCCAACCAAUAGCGAAGAAGAUAUUAAACAAUUACUACCAGAUGACUUCACGUCUAGUGCACAUUCUUUGACUGGGUUGGAUUCCUCUGCAGUGUCAGAUACAGUUUCUAUCACAUCAACAGACCAUGAGAAUGGUCCUAUUACAAAAGAACAGAGCAAUGUCAUCUCUGAAUUAGACGCUAGAGAAAUUGGUGAUACCAAAGAAUUGGGUAUAAAAGCAGAUACAGUCCCUUCAGACUCUUGUAAAUACAAUGAAACAGAAAAUUUAAAGGAUGAAAAUAUCUCUAAUCAGUUAGAUCCAGCUGAUGACUCUAACAUAACCUCUGUUUUGACGCAGCAGAGUUCCAAAAUUUGUGAUACCAAAGAUAAGAUACAGCCAUUUAGGCAGACUGAUCUUAUGCAAGAGGAAAUACAGCACAAGAGCCUGCCUUGUGAAUUAUUGAAAGAUGGUGGCUUUUUGGUGAAACCAGAAGUAGAUUUGGUGAAAGAAGAAAUAGAUAUGAUGGUUGCAGCUGCUCCUGAAUGUUUAAAAGGAGACAGUACAAGUGCUUUGCCUUGCAAAAGUCCUCCAGAAAGUGAAAGUUUGUGCCUAAGUGGCUCAAACACAAGAGGUGAAAAUUUCAAAUUACCUGACUAUUCCUGUCAGGAAGAUAGAACCACUGUGUUUAUAAAACAGUCUGCAAAAGAAGACUUGAUAAAUUUAGACCUUAAAGAUAAUGAUGCAAUCCACAAUUCCGUGUCAUCUGUACAUGUUUCCAGUGAAGACGCACCCUCCUCUUUGUCCUGUUUUCCAGUACCUGGCUCUCUGUGCAGCUCAUUCAUUGAAAGUAAAGCACAUGGUGAUUGUUUACCUCAGCAGGAACCCAAGGAUCCUAUACAGGAUAUGGGGAAGGUGCCUGAAGAAACACAGAAGUGUGUUGUUCUCGACAGGGAACCGUUUAGACAGACUAAUCUUACGCAACAGGAAAAAUGUAAAAAUACACUUCUUCAGCCAGUACAUGAAGAGAAAGGAGAAGGAAAGGUAGAACCCAGGCAGAUGGAAAUCGGAGCUGAGGCUUUGGGUGCCCACGGUCUCAGCAGUUCCCCCACAGCUGCAGAAUCUCAGCUGGAAUUCUUGGGGGCUGAUGCCACUGGCUGUCCUGCUGGUUGUGCUGGUCUCGCUUUCCCAGACAAUGACAUGGAUGGGCAUGACUUAGACUACUUCAAUAUUGACGAAGGGAUGAAAAGUGCCACCCUUGUCAGUGACGCUGAGCUCGAUGCUUUCUUGACAGAACAGUACCUUCAGACCUCUAACUUAAUACCUUUUGAAGAAAAUGUAAAUGACUCAAAAUCUCAGAUGAAUCUGAUAGAUGUGAAAGGCCUAGAUGAUAGAGAUGUCAGUGAUAUUUAUUUCAAUGCAGAAGCAGGAGCCACUGGGGGAAAUGACAGUAUUAAUAUGAUUUGUGAAACAGUUGAUAAACAAAAUAUAAUAGAAAACAGUGCCCUUUAUGUACAGGAAAGAAGUGAAAUUCUCAUUGAACAAGGGUUCCUGACCAGCAAGUCGGAGGUGACAGAGGAGUUAGCAGUCUCUGAUGCCAGCAGCCAGUCUGUGCAUGCUGGAGGGGCUAGGCCUAAGCAGUUUGCCAGCCUUGUGCCUCGAGGAAGGGUUUCUAAGGAACCCAGUAAGCCAGGAGUUCCAGGCACGCCAGAAGGUGAGCCCAGCCCAGUAAACGCCAUCAUGCCCAGCCAAUGUCCCACUGACUCUGCAGGGGAUUCUCAGGCCAACUUCGACUCCAACUACAUUGAUAUAGAAAGCAAUUUUGAAAGUGGGUCCAGUUUUCCAUCUGCACAUGAAGACUCUCUUCCUGAAAACACUUGCAAAGAAGGCUUGGUUUUGGGCCAGAAACAACCUACAUGGGUUCCUGAUUCAGAAGCUCCGAACUGUAUGCAUUGCCAGGUCAAAUUUACUUUUACAAAACGGCGACACCACUGCCGAGCAUGUGGGAAAGUAUUUUGUGGGGUCUGUUGUAACAGAAAGUGUAAGCUGCCGUAUCUAGAAAAGGAAGCAAGAGUGUGUGUCAUCUGCUAUGAGACUAUUAGCAAAGCUCAGGCCUUCGAAAGGAUGAUGAGCCCCACUGGCUCGGGUCCUCAGGCUCAUCACCCUGGUGACGGUGCUGCUGCCCUGCUCCCUCGAGAGACCCCCACCAGUGUGUCUUCACCGACAGCCUUGCCCACCUCGGCACUGAGACAGCCAAGCAUCGAAGGACUGGGCUCCAGAGAACAAAAGAGAGUGUGGUUUGCAGAUGGCAUCCUGCCUAACGGUGAAGUUGCAGAUACAACAAAACUGUCAUCUGGAAGUAAACGGUGCCCUGAGGACUGCAGUCCUCCCUUCUCGGAUGUGCCCAUGAUGGUAAACACAGUGGACCCUGCCCUUUUUACCACACUGCAGAAACCAGACGAUGAGCUCAGAGGUAGCACAGGAAGCAAGGACUUUGGGAGUCCUGUUUCCCACAUUCCAUCUGUGGAAAACCAGCUGGCAAGCACAGGAGCUGAUGGGUUAUCUGCUUCUGCUACCCUGGCUGAUGAUGUUUUUGCAGAAAUAGAGGCAGCUUGCAGUUCUCCAGGGGUCGCUGGGAACAGCGUGUUACCUGUGGCUGGUGUUUCAGACUACAGGUUACUAUGUUAUGUGGACCGACACGUUGCCAGUAAGGUCAGCCUCUUACCUGACGAUGAGGACAGCUUGCCCCCCCUUCUGGGUACUUCUGGAGAACAGGGCUCAGUGCCAGCGGUGCAGGCCUACCCAUCUCCCGAGCAGGUCCACUCACUUCUGCAGAGCGAAGGGUUUCCUCCUGCCACCUUUGUCUUAAAUGCCAACCUGCUUGUGAACGUCAGAUUAAUAGUUUAUUGCUCAGAUAAAUAUUGGUACUUCUCAACCAAUGGACUGCAUGGCUUGGGCCAGGCAGAGAUUAUUGUUCUGUUGCUGUGUUUGCCAAAUGAAGAUAGAGUUCCCAAGGACAUUUUCCGGCUGUUCCUCACCAUAUACAAGGACGCACACAAAGGAAAAUACAUAGAAAACUUGGACAGCAUUACCUUUACGGAGAGUUUCCUCAGCAGCAAGGAUCACGGAGGAUUCCUGUUUAUCGCACCCACCAUUCAGACGCUGGAUGAUCUCCCAUUGCCCAGCAGCCCUUUCCUGUGUGGAAUUCUUAUCCAGAAGCCAGAAAUUCCUUGGGCAAAAGUUUUUCCUAUACGUUUAAUGUUGAGAUUGGGUGUGGAAUAUAAAGCGUAUCCUGCUCCUCUGACAAGUGUCAGAGGCCGCAAACCUCUUUUUGGAGAAAUAGGACAUACUAUUAUGAACUUACUUGUUGAUCUUCGAAAUUACCAGUAUACCUUGCAUAAUAUAGAUCAGCUGUUGAUUCAUAUGGAAAUGGGGAAGAGCUCUAUAAAAGUACCUCGGAAAAAAUACAGUGACGUGAUGAAGGUGCUGAAUUCCUCUAAUGAGCAUGUCAUCAGCAUUGGCGCGAGCUUCAGCACUGAAGCAGAUUCCCACCUGGUCUGCGUGCAGAGCGACGGCACCUACCACACACAGGCGAGUAGCGUCCCUGGCCACCCACGGAGAGUGACAGGUGCAAGCUUUGUGGUGUUCAGUGGUGCUCUGAAGCCGUCUUCAGGAUUUCUUGCCAAGUCCAGCAUAGUGGAAGAUGGCUUAAUGGUGCAGAUCACUCCAGAGACCAUGAAUGGCCUAAGACAGGCUCUGCGAGAGCAAAAGGACUUCAGAAUCACCUGCGGGAAGGUGGAUGCUGGGGACCUCAGAGAGUAUGUGGAUGUCUGCUGGGUGGACACUGCUGAGGAAGGAAACAGAGGUGUUAUCAGCCCGGUGGAUGGAAUCUCAUUACAAGGAUUUCCAAGUGAAAAAGUAAAACUGGAGGCAGAUUUUGAAACUGAUGAGAAGAUGGUGAAGUGCACCGAGGUAUUUUACUUUCUAAAGGACUGGGAUCUGUCUGUGUUAUCAACCCACUAUCAGUUUGCAAAAGAAAUCGCCAUGGCCUGUAGUGCUGCCUUGUGCCCGCACUUGAAGACUCUGAAGAGUGACAGGGUGAACAGGAUUGGACUCAGGGUCUCCAUUGACACAGAUGUGGUUUCCUUUCUCAGGUUGAAUUUCAGGCAGGCUCUGAGGGCCAGCUGCUGCCUCAGCAUUAUCUAAACGCCCUGGACAGCGCCCUGAUCCCUGUCAUCCAUGGGGGCACCUCCAGCUCCAGUUUGCCCUUGGAAAUGGAACUGGUGUUUUUCAUUCUGGAAAAUCUGGUGUCGUGAGAGGCUGUGCCAUGUCGUGUACUACAAACUGCCCUGUCAGAACCAACCCAACACUAAAGCUGAAGUGCCACAAACACUAAAUUGUUGAUGUUCGAAACACUGAAGCUUUGCUCUGGGGGUAGAAAUGAUAUGUGAAAAUCACUGUUGCAAUAUUCAAAUAUGUAAGUGUGAAGGAUCCACCAUGUUUUAAGCUUUGCAUUAAUAUGAGCACUAAAAAGACAAAGACUUGUACCUUUAAGAAAUUGAUCGCAUUUUCUGUGUUAUUUCAACGUUAAGCCAAAGUGUAUGCAUUUAGUUAUACCUCUUUAUUCCAAGAAAGAUUUUAAUGAAGCCUCUUUGCACAUGUAAUGUUAUGAAGGAAAUACCUGUUUGUUAGAAGCCAGUGAAAACACCGGCUUCAAAAGUCUGUCUAAAAUGUAUUUCAACAGCAUAGACGAGUUUCCAGAUCUUAGACUUGCAAGUCUUAGAAUAAAGCUAAUAACUUAUUUGUAUAAUUGGAAUGGAGACCUACUUUCAUGAUUAGAGAAGACCUGUUUGUUAGAUUAAAGUCAAAUUUUUCUUUUUUUCUUCUCAAAUUAUUAUAUAAAUGUGUAUUGUUUUUCCUGAUUAAAUGGGUAUUCUUAAAAUAAAUGUGGGUGCUUCAGGAUUUUGUGCUUCUAUAUUUAAGUACAUUGUUUUUAUAGCAACAUGUGCUUCAGAAUGUUUUAUAAAUCUUUAAUAAUUUAUAAAUAGGUAAUAUUUUUGUAUCACAGUGCAUUAUUUUCCUCCUUUUUUCCAAAGUGUAUCAGUGUACUUACCACUGGUGAGCAUGAUUGACAGCAGGCCAGGUGGCCGUGAGGUGGUCAGUAUGUAGCAAUAAGUAAGCCUAAAACAGGUUUUUUUACCUUCAAUGUUAAUCCUUAGAAAUUUCUUGGCAAGGCUACAUAUUUUCAUUGAUACAUGUAUGAAUAUAAAUUUUAAUGAACUAAUCACCUUUACAUAUUUUAAAUUCUUUAUGUGGUGGUUAUUUUUUAUAACAGGAUAUUUAACAUAUGUAUUUGAACCUGUUACAGAGCUUUUCUUUUUACUUCAAAUAGGAAAAAAAUUAAAAGGGCAUAUAUUAGUCCUGUCAUUUCAGUUAUAUAAAGUCUAAUCAUUAUUUGUUGUCUUUUAUAUUAUAUGUGGAAUAUGCCUUUUUUGUAUCCAAAACACUCACUGUAUAUCUGAAGAAAAAGAAACUACACUAAAUACCUGUUAUAAGAGAGUUAUUAUGAAGCAUCUCAACUUCUAGAUCGAAUCAAGGGUAUAACUCAGGAUCUGAGGUCUCAAGCUAGAGGAGACCAAGAAGUAUAAUCUGUUUCAGCAUGUAAUCUCUACUGACUCCUGUGGUCCUAGCCAGAAUCAGGACACAGUUUAGAAGAGGUCAGUCUGCUGGAAAUGGCUCCUUCAUAAACAAUGUACAAUGUUACAUACUAAAUAAAAUGACAAUAUAUAACCUGUGAAAUUUAUUGAAAUGAUCUGAGAUAAAAAUAAUUGCAUAAUGUUUUUUUA